UCCCUCCCGAACACCAUAUCAAAACCCCCAAAACAGGAGGCAGCGGCGGCGAACAACCAGAUGGCGACGCUGGCUCUCCUCCGCUUCCCUCCUCCUACCCGAUUCGAUCGCUUCCGGGCCUCUCCACCGCCGGCCAUCCACCUCCGCCUCCGGUCCAUGCCAGCGGUCGCGAUCCCCUCCCUCCCUGCCCGACGGUCGGUCACUGUCUCCAUGGCCCGCACUGCCGUCCCGGCCACGGACCGCCUCAUCUCCGCCCUCGCCUACUUCCUCCCCUUCCUUGACUCCCUCCACUACGGUCGAUUCCUCUUCGCCCGCGUCCCCGCAGCGGCCGCUGCCGUCGCCCCCAUCAUCCCCCUCGCCGCCGCCUACCGCUCAGUCCCUUACGCUGCCUUCGUCGCCUUCUUUGCUCUCUACCUCGGCGUCGUCCGCAACCCUAACCUCAGCCAUUUCGUCCGCUUCAACGCCAUGCAAGCCGUCGUCCUCGACGUCCUCCUCGCCCUCCCGGCUCUCCUGCAGCGGGUGUUCGGCACCCCGUCGAGGGGGGUAGGGUUCCGGGUCAUGGAGAUGGGCUACCACGCCAUCUUUGCCUUCUCGGUGGCUUGCUUCUUGUACGCCCUCCUCAGCUGCGUCCUCGGGAGGACGCCGCACCUGCCGCUUGUGGCGACUGCAGCGGAUCGGCAGCUGUGAGUUUGGGGUUUCCUAUUAGGGUUUUGUGGCAGCUUUGGAAACCCUAAAGCUCCCUCAUUCCUUGAAUCAGAAACCCUUCAAUUGGUAAGCUUUUUGAUAUGAUUUCAGCAAUGUAAGUUUGUAGAUGUUAUUUUAACUAACAAUAGCUUCAUCAUGCAUGUCUUUUUGUUGAUGUUAGUGCAUUUGUUUCUGUU